CCCCUGUCCAGCCUGUUCGGCGGGAUGGCGGCGGGGCCGGGUUCUGCGCCCUAAGGAGCCGCCGGGUUCAAUCGGCGGAGCCGAGAGCGGCCCAGACCCGGCUCAGCCCCGCUCCGUCGCCGCUCCAGGGUUCUCCUCGCCUCCCCGCCCCAUCCCCCCCGGCCACCGCAGCAGGCAUGGGCUGUUUCUGCGCGGUCCCGGAGGAAUUUUACUGCGAAGUUUUGCUCCUGGACGAGUCCAAGCUGACCCUGACCACGCAGCAGCAGGGCAUCAAGAAGUCAACGAAAGGGUCGGUUGUCCUGGGCUACGUAUUUCGUCACUUAAACCUGGUGGAAAUAGAUUACUUUGGACUACGCUACUGUGAUCGAAGUCAUCAAACGUACUGGCUGGAUCCUGCAAAGACGCUUGCUGAACAUAAAGAAUUGAUAAACACUGGACCACCAUACACUCUGUAUUUUGGCAUUAAAUUUUAUGCAGAGGAUCCGUGUAAACUUAAAGAAGAAAUAACAAGGUAUCAGUUUUUCUUGCAGGUAAAGCAAGAUGUUUUACAGGGCCGUUUACCUUGUCCAAUCAACACUGCAGCACAGCUGGGAGCAUAUAUAAUUCAGUCUGAGCUGGGGGACUAUGACCCGUACAAGCACACCGCAGGCUAUGUCUCAGAGUACCGCUUUGUCCCAGACCAGAAGGAAGAGCUGGAGGAUGCCAUAGAACAAAUACACAAAACUCUGAUGGGUCAAGUUCCUGCUGAGGCAGAAGUAAACUACUUAGGCGUGGCCAAAUCCCUGGAAAUGUAUGGAGUUGAUCUCCAUCCUGUUUAUGGUGAAAACAAAUCUGAAUACUUUUUAGGAUUAACACCCAUAGGAGUUGUUGUCUACAAGAAUAAAAAACAAGUAGGAAAAUAUUUCUGGCCUAGAAUUACAAAAGUUCACUUCAAGGAAACACAGUUUGAACUUAGAGUCCUGGGAAAAGAUUGCAAUGAAACUUCCUUCUUUUUUGAAGCACGUAACAAGGUCACCUGCAAACAUCUCUGGAAAUGCUGUGUAGAGCAUCAUACAUUUUUCAGAGUACCAGAGAAUGAAUCAAACUCUCUGUCAAGAAAAGUCGGCAAGUUUGGAUCCAUAGGUUAUAAACAUCGGUACAGGUGUUUUCCCAUUACUUUUUUUGUGUUUUUAAGUGGCAAAACGUCUUUGCGAAUGACCAGAGACCCCUCAGUGCAGCUCCCGCGGCCUGACCAGAGCAUUGAAAGAAGUCGCAGCAAGACUUACCCCAAAAGAACACAACAAACAGGUUCUAAAAACAUGAGCCAGAUUACAACAAAUGGGGAAAAUGAAGGAGCCACCAAAAUUAUUGCACCUUCUCCUGUGAAAAGCUUUAAAAAGAUGAAAAAUGAAAACAGUCCAGAAACCCAAAGAAGUAAAUCAAGUGCUCCAUGGGAGGAAAAUGGUCCACAGAGUGGACUCUAUAAUUCCCCCAAUGACCGCAACAAAUCACCAAAGUUUCCUUACUCACACCGAAGGAACCCAUCAGGUGGCAGCGAGAAUGAGUCUGGGCAACCAGUGCGGAGGAGGAAAAAUCAAAACAGUGAAGAUUCAGACUUAAAGCAAAGGAGACGAUCUCGAUCUCGCUGUAACACCAGCAGUGGCAGCGAAUCAGAAAAUUCCAACAGGGAACAUCGGAAGAAGAGAAACAGAUUACGGCAAGAGAAUGAUAUGGUUGACUCAGCUCCUCAGUGGGAGGCUGUGCUGCGGCGACAGAAGGGGAAAACCCAGGCAGAUCCAAACUACCGACGAUCUAGGCACAGAUCUCGAUCGAGAAGCCCAGAUGUACAAGCUAAAGAAGAACUGUGGAAACAUAUUCAGAAGGAGCUUGUGGAUCCAUCUGGCCUAUCUGAAGAGCAGUUGAAAGAAAUUCCAUACACUAAAGUAGAGACUCAAGGCGACCCGAUCCGCAUUAGGCAUUCACAUUCCCCUCGAAGCUACCGUCAGUAUCGGCGGUCCCAGUGCUCUGAUGGUGAAAGAUCUGUCCUGUCUGAAGUGAAUGUUAAAACUGAUCUGAUCCCUCCACUGCCUGUUACACGAUCUUCAGAUGUGAAAGGUCCCAGCAUCCAGUUGACUCAACAGAGACUGAACGGAUCUAAAGACAGUCUAAUGGAAGAAACAUCUCAACCAUCCCCUAAUAAUGUUGAUGGAAAGCCCACCACCAAGAUCAUAAAAACUGUACAGGUGUCACGCUUCAAGGUGGAGACUUGACUGGUGAAUUGAAGAUGGUGCAUGGAUUUUAGUGUUUGAAGCUGAGAAUUUGUUUAUAUGUGCAAGGGAAGGAACUGACAUCGACAUGGUAGUAAUUUCUUCAGGACACCUGGAAGUGAAGCCUUCUUACUGGGAAGACCAAGCAAUGCUUUUAUCACUGACUGGAUAUCACAUUCUAGUGAUGUGACUGAUUGAGGAGAAGCUGCCUGGUAGACAACCAAAAAGAAAAGUCCUAGUAAAACUGAAUGAUCAGCAGUUACAUUUCCAAAAAAUGAAAAAAAAAAAAAGAAAAGAAAAAGAAAAAAAAAUUGCUGCAACAAAACAGGCUUCAUGGUCUGCUCUGUAAGUGAAUAGCCUUGUUCCAAAAAGUGACUGUUAAUUGACAUGAUCAGGACCAGAUUCUUCAAGAUAAGUAAAACAGUCAUAUUUUUGGUCGAUUGUGCAAUACAGUGUGAUAUGGGGAGAAUUAUCUUCAUGAUUUCAUAUGGGGAUCAACUUAUGUCCUGAGACAUAAGUACUGAUAGCUCUUACAAGGUUUGUUUUAGCCUAGCACAAUAACAGAUGUCAUAUUUUUAUUACAGAUUUUGAAUCAAAAAUAACAGACUCAGUAACACUCUGCAGCAGUGAGUUCCAUAGAUGAUACAGAUUUACUUUCCCUUGGCAGUUUUAAGUGUUCUAAAUUUUGAAUGUCCUUUUAUGUAGAGGGACUAUUUAAUUGAACAUUCCAUAGUGUAGAAAUACAUUUACCAACUUAUAGUAAAGCACACUGGAAACAAACUGGAGAAUAUGUACUGACCCACUGUAUCAAGAACUGCUUAGCAAGGCACUUAAGUGCUGGUUAAAUGAAACUUGUGGAGUAGUAUUUAAGACAACUAGGAAAUAGCCUUUUUAAAUUUUAGUUUUUAACUAGAUUAGCAAAAUCUGCCUUAAUCUCCUAUCAUAUAAAAUAAUCUGUCACUUUUCUCUGAGCCAUUUCUACUACGUUAAAAUGACAAAGGCAGUAUUUCAGGUAUGAUAACUACAAUUGUUUUUUUCUAUUGUCAUGGUAGGAAUACUAAAUUUCAGUGAUGCUGCACAUUGAGUGGGUUAUCUGCCAGUAUGUAUCUGAAGUGAUGCCUGGCUCUUCUCUUGUCCUAUCACUCUGUACAAAUAUCUGAAAGUCAUUCCUCUGCCUCCCAUUUGUCCACAGUCAGCACAUGUAUGAGCCUUCUGGUGCUGCGAACUUCUAAGCAGCUUAGCAAAGUCUUUGUUUUUUUGUAAUUUUUGCUAAGUGUAAUCCUCAAACUAAAUACUGAAUUUGUCAAACAGCAUUGUAAAUGACUUUAGUAGCUCGUGCCUUUCUACAUCUAUCCUCCUUACACUCAACUCCCAUGACCUACAGUGAUUUACAGUGAUCUUGUAGCCUGAGCAACAUUGUACCAGGGAACUGCAGCCCUUUCAGGAAAGCAAUACUGUUUGAGAACUGGAGUAAGCAUAAGGGAUUACCAAUACACAUUUGAACUAGCAAAACUAAUAAGUGAAGCCUUGUAUGAUGUGUUUUAUUUUCCACUUCAUUUUUUGAUCCUUUUUUGUUUCAUGAUCUGAGGUGGCCAGGUGGAUGUUGCUAGCCAUGGCAGUAGCCGUACAGUUCUUGUAUUCCUAUCACAGUAUAGAUUGGUCCGCAGGUUGGGAAAUGCUGCAGUCUGCCAGGGAAGACGGAUUUGCUCAAUAAAUACUGUUCUUUGAUCACUUACUUUGGACAGUUCUGCUUCUUCAGCCUCAGUGAACAAAUCUAAGGGAAGGAAAGAGUGAAAAGUCCUCUGUGGUAAAAAUUCUGUUAUCAUGGAGGUUCUUCAGAAUUUUCCGAAUUUACUACAGAUUUAAUCCUAGAACAUCAUUGGGCUUGCCUUAAUGUAUUCGCUCAUUUUUUUUUAAGUCUGUAAAAUGGUUUUAUUGUCAUUGCUCCAACUUAAAGUGAUCCUUUAGGAUCUAUUUAUGAUCUUGUGUAGUAUUCUCACAAACAACAGUUAAAAAAAGCACAAACAAAACAAAAAGAAAAAACCCCACCCCAACCCCCCCAAAAAACCACCAAAAAAACCCCCACAAGCCCAUCGCUUAAUCAAGAGCAUCACAAUCUUUCGGAAGACCACUGAAAUAUGGCAUGGUUACAAUGUCUGCAAUGAAAGUCACUCCUUGUUUCUUCCAGAAAGUGUUCCAAGCUGCAGCAUUAUACACUUGCUUGUAGUUUGCUGCUUUCUAAAUCAUUACUGUUAGUUUGCAAUCCCUACUCAGGCACAGGCAAGUAGCACAUAUGUAUUUCAGCAGCUAUGUGUUGUUACUAUUUGAGAAUUAUCUGUACAUGGUGUCCAUAUCUUGUCAAUCUUCAAAUAUUGAUGAAGAAGAAAAUUACUUCUAAAGUUUAUAUCCAAUCUCAUGUUUUCCUGUAUGUUGUCAUCUGCCUGUGGGCUUUUGUGUGUUAUUGCUGGAUACCAUCAGCCAAGUGUGUGGCAUUUUACUUACUCCACUACGUCAUAAAAUAGGCUUCUGUCUAGUGUAAUAGUGAAAAGUUUCAAUUCUCAAGUCGAGAAUUGUUUUGUAAUCAAGCCAACUUCUUUGCAUUUAAAUGAGAAAUUUACAGAGCAAGCUGUCUUCUCUUCAAUGAGACUAUGUAGGAAGCAGGUUUUAGCAAGUCUAAUGUCAGUCUAGGGCACUACAAUACAGUUUUGUAUCCACAAAGGAAAGAUUAAGCAUAUAAUGCCUGUAUUACACAUUGUCUGUGCCAAAACAAGGCAAAACUUGGGACAUCAUUGUCAGCUAAUAGAACAGAAAAGGGAAUUUCUUCCAUAUGUGUGAGCCUCCUUUCCCUUUAAGCUUCUUCUCCUGUCAUUUGAGGAAAGGCACCCUUUUUAUGAUUUUUUUAUUGUUGUGAGACACCUACAAGUGAUCAAUCACUGAAAGCAUUUAUUGUGUCACAGCUGUGCUUUGUAGAUCUAAACCAGCGCUACUCCAGCGACUGACCUCUUACAGCUCUGAGCUACACCUUACCUUUCCACUGUUGCUACCCUUCCCCAGCACUCUUGGGGCUUUCACUGCCUAGAGGCAUGGAUUUUCAGAUCUGGAGUUUGGAUGUCAGUCCAAAAUGCUUGUACCUCCUGAUGGGUCAGGUAAAGAGUCAGGCAAAAGACACGAGCCGCAUAACUGUGUCAGGCAAAAUAUACCCUGGGUUUGAUGCUACACAGACCUCUACUCAUUUGGACGAAAAGGACUGAUAUUUGAGAUAUUCUCAUCCUAAUUCUACUGAAUUGAUCUCAGGCUGACAAAUAUAACUUUGUGCCUCUGCAUUUAUCUCUUCUGAGACAUCUCUAAGUGCUAAGCACUGGUAAGUUACAGAACUCUCUCAAUAAUUAGCAACAACUACAACAUAGAUAAACCUUUUGUGAAACGUGUUUUAUACAAUAAGAGGGCUUGCAACCACAACAAAAAAGCAUUUUUGUAUAUCUCAUAUUGGUUCCUUUGCUUAGUUAGCUGGUUUCUUUCAUUAGGGGCUACUCUUGACCUGCUGUUUUCUACACUUCACCUAUUUACCAGCAUCACUUGCAACUUGUAUUCUAAACAAGUUCAUUAUAUUGAACAUGUUGGUUGGAAAAAAAAGUCAAUACCAUUUAAGUUGCCAAAUCCAUUACCUUUAUGCAGGUGAAUAAUGAACUGAAUAAAUAGUGCGUUUUCUUUUGGGAAGGUCUGUUUAAUUCAAAACUCCCUAGAAAGAUGUUUGAAAACAACAUACAUAAACAUAUCAAUGUGAUGCAUAUGUUCUAUGUACAUUAAGUAUUCAUGAAGCAACUGUGUGCUUUAUUUUAAACUGAGGUUGAUAGAUGACUGUGUCAAUACUCGUGUCCAGGUUAUUUAAAAGUUAAGUAAAACUUGAAUUUUUAGGGCAUGCCAUGGUUGCCUGUGUGUGUUAUUUACGUUACACAAAGGCACAAAGCCUUCGGAAACACAGAUUCAUUUGACACCACCAUCUGGUAAAAACAGAUGUAGUACUGAUUAAAAUCCACUUGAGGAUACCGUUACUUCAGAUUAAGUAUUUGUCCUCAUAGCAGGAAUUUGUCAGCCCAAGUUUUAUAUUUCCAGUGUAUAUCCACACUACUGUUUCCUUACCAAAAAAUCAGAGAAAAGCAACAGCAGAGUAAGCUGUCAAACCAAACACACAGACACCCUCUCCUUAAUGUGCCUGUUUUCUCCCUCUAUUUGUCUCCUGAGUAAGAGUUGUGGUGGGUUGGCCUCGGCUGGACACCAGGUGCCUGUGAAGCUGCUCUAUCACUUCCCCUCCUUAGCAGGAUGGGGGAGGGGAGAGAAAAUCAGAUGUAAA